GUCAAGCCCGAAGGCGCGAUAUGCUGAACAAAUUGGAAGUCACGCUUCUUCGCCAUCUCCCCAGCAACGGAAACUGCAAUUUUGAACUUUCUCAAAGCUUAAUAACCAUCGCCAGUCCACCGGCUCUCCUCCCGCGUCAAUUCACUUCCAGCUCCUCUUCUCUUUCCCUACAACCCCGAAGAACCAGGCUCCGCUGCCAUGCCAUCGUCGCCAGCGCACGUCAUCAUCGCCGACUGAGUCCACAUAAAUUCCCGCCUGCCCGGAAUUGGUCACUUGGUUCGGGUCAAGUGUUCAAUGGCAGACUCUGUCGGACCUCAACAACAGCAAUUUUGUAUUUUCUUCAAAAAGCCAUCUAAGGGCAAAAACAUCAGAGAGCUCUGUAAUUUAUAAGAAGAAGCCAGCAGCAGCUAACAACAAGUUACACUUCUCUAUUGGAUCCUCAAAGCGUUCCAUUGAGAUAGAAACUAUUGUAGACUCAAGAACCCCAUUUUUUUUGCUUUGAAUCUUCUAAAGAAAUUCAGGUUCAUCAUGAUGGUAGAGUAACAGCAACAUUAGAAACUGAGACUGGGUUCUCAAGAGAUGCUCAGGCAAUCAGGGAGAGAGUUCUCAAGCAAGCAGAGGAGGGAUUGAAAGGAAAAGGCACAUCAACUAAUGAUGAAAAACUGUACAAAGGGAUACAUGGAGACACUGAUUACAAGUCUGGGUUUCGCGAGAACAUAUGUUCUCCGGUGAGGAAGCUGGUGGCGCACAUGGACCCCUUAGAGCAUCUGCCCACAUUAGAGUAUCAGCAAGGUUUGACCAUCAACCAGAUAUCUGCAAGGAUUAUAAAUCUGGAUGGCAGCUAGAGAAGAAGUGGGAUGAAGCGGAGAGGGUUAGGAAAUGGAAUUUGGCUUUGGGAAUUGAUGAUGAGGAUGAGUGGACCGCUGAGAAGAGUGAUGAGGAUGAAGAUGAUUCCUUGCCUUUUGCUUGUUUCAUUUGUAGCAUCAUGCUAGAAACAAGAAGUGUUUCAUGUGCAGUCAGCCAACCCUGGGGCUAUUCAACACUGCAUUUGAGAUAUGCAGAAAAAGUCAGCUGAAGGGAAAUGAUGUGACCAAGCCAUUUGCCUUGUACAUCAUGCUUUUAUAAUAAUAUGUUCCAUGCUUGUAUUUUGUUGGAUAGCAGACAUCACCAAUUUACACAUGUUUUCUGAUACAGUUAUUGCUUCUAAUAAAUGCUGUUUCACAAACCUCUA